AUGUCUUCGUUGGUUGCAUCGGAGGUGACUUAUCAACCAUCGAUGGAUAUAGAUUAUUUGGGGACAUCAUUAUAUCUAGAUAAUGAUGACUUGCCAUUAAAUGAUCAUAUUAAAAGUUUGAAAGUUAAAGAAAUUUAUAAUACUAUUACUAAAGAAGAUGAUAAACAAGAAGUGUUGGAAUUAUUAAGUGAUUUAUCACGAUCUACUGAUGGAUUAAUUAAUAAUGACUUGCGAUGUAAAAUUUGGCCAUUAUUAUUAGGUAUUGAUUAUUUUAAUACAACAAAGAAAGAUGAUUUAGAUAAUAGUUCUAUUCUGUCAACUUCAUUGAAUAAUAAUAGCAAUACUUUGGGAACUAAUUUAUUGAAAAUUUCACCGGAUUUAUUUCUAGAAGAUUUGAAAUAUGUUGAAUUGCCACCUCAUAAAGAUGAAGAUCAAGUUAAAUUAGAUAUUCAGAGAUCUUUUACUAUAUUAAAUCAUAUUCAAACAUUUCUGUAUCUGGGUCCAUCUUCAUAUACUACAAUAUUAACUCCUAAUGAUAUUGAUAAUUUAAAGAUUAAAUUAUCUCAUUUAAUUAUUAAACUAUUGAGGAAAUAUCCAAGUUUGAAUUAUUACCAAGGAUUCCAUGAUAUUGCUAGUAUAAUAUUAUUAGUAUGUUAUAUACCAAAUGAUAAACUGGAUGAUUUUAAUUCCAAUGAGGUUGAGAAUCUGGAAGACCAACAAGAAGACGAAGAUGAUGGUUAUAAGAUUGAUGAAGAGUUGGCAUUUAGAAUGUUGGAAUACUUGGCUAUUUUCCAUUUAAGAGACUAUAUGUUAACGGAUAUAAAUUUAUCAAUUGAUCAUUUAAAAUUAAUUCCCAUGAUUUUAGAAAUUGUUGAUGAUCAAUUAUUUGAAUUAAUUAAACAAACUUCAAAUUCAUUUAUUCACUCUGAAGGGUUACAUUAUGAUUAUAAAUUUUAUCAAGGGUUAUCCUGUAUAUUGACUAUUUAUUCACAUGAUUUAACCAAUAUUAAUCAGAUUUUGACAUUGUGGGAUUUUAGUUUGAGUUAUAAUUCAGUAUUGAUCAAUAUGUAUAUCUACGUUGCCAGUUUGAUAAUAUUUAAAGAUCGUAUUUGGGAGAAAUUAGGUUUAGAAGAUGAUGAAUGUGAAUUUGAUCAUGUUGACCAAGAUUUGGUACAUACAGUGGUAUCACCAACUAAUUUAUUUGAAGAAUUGACUGAUUCUAAUUUGGUUAAAAUACUAAAUAAAGCGCAAGAAUUAUUACAAGAUUAUCCUAUUGAAAAUUUAACAAAUAGAGAAACCACAUGGAAUAAAUGGUUUAAUGAUUAUAAUCAACAUUCUGUGUUGUGUAAUUCAUCAAGUAUAUCUAUUGCCAAAGAAGAGAAAUUUACUAAAUAUUUCAAAUUUUUAAAUCAACAAGAAUUGGGUGAAUUAAUGGUUAUACAAGAUGAUGAAAUAUCUCGACAAUCAAUAGAUGAUAUGAAUUAUCAAGAAAAGAUAUUUCAACAAUUACAUGAAAAUCAACAAGAAUCAGAAUCAUUAACACAUUCAAUACAAUCAAUGCCAUUUGAUGAAUCUGAAUCAAGUGAUAAUCUGUUGGCUUCUUCAUUAACUUUAGCAUCUUCAAUUACUUCAACUUCAUUACAUAAAUUGAAAUCUUCUAUGAUAUUUAAGAAAUUAUUCCUUAAUGAGAAUUCCAUUAAUGAAUCUUCAUCAUCUCCAGAUAAUAAUAGUAAUAAUGAUGAGAAUAAAAAAGUUGUUAUUAGAAAUAAGGAUUGGUUAUUACUGACGAAUAAUUUAUAUAAAAUUUCAAUAACUAUUGGAUUUUUAGGAAUUAUGAUUCAUUUUAUACUUGUAAAGUAUAAUAAUUCUCAUUAUCAUAAUUUUUUAAAUUCAAUAUCAACUACUUUUAAAACAUUAAUUGAACAAGAGCCUAUUUAUACAUUAAGUUCAAUUGGUGGAAUUGUUGUUGAUGAUGUUGAAGAUUGUUUGAAUAAUGUGGUUUAUUAUGUGAAAAAUUCACAUUUAACUUCAGGGAUAUUGGGUCAAAUUGGAAUUGGAAAUGUAAGAAAUACAAUUUACGGAUUUCAAGGAUAA